AUGCCGAUGGCAGCGGGUGACUGGCCAGCAGGGGCCUCUGCGCACAUGUGGAACACGAGCUGGUUUUUCAUCAUCAAAGAGAGCUUUCUUCUUUACUACUCUGAGAGCGAGAAAAAGAACUUUGAAACCAAUAAAUACUUCAAUAUACACCCUAAGGGAGUCAUCCCCCUGGGAGGCUGCCUGGUGGAGGCCAAGGAAGAGCCCAGCAUGCCCUAUGCCAUGAAAAUCUCCCACCAGGACUUCCAUGGGAACAUCUUGCUGGCUGCUGAGUCCGAGUUUGAGCAGACCCAGUGGCUGGAGAUGCUACAGGAGUCCGGGAAGGUGACUUGGAAGAAUGCCCAGCUGGGAGAAGCCAUGAUCAAAAGCCUGGAGGCCCAGGGGCUGCAGUUGGCCAAGGAGAAGCAGGAGUAUUUAGACAAACUGAUGGAGGAGACCGAAGAGCUCUGCCUUCAGAGGGAGCAGAGAGAGGAGCUUGAGCGCCUGAACCAGGUGCUGGAGGCCGAGAAGCAGCAGUUCGAGGAGGUGGUGCAGGAGCUGAAAAUGGAGCAGGAGCAGAUCAAAAGGGAGCUAGAACUGACCGCAAGAUGCCUCAAGGGUGUGGAGCAAGAGAAGAAGGAGCUGAGGCACCUCACAGAGUCCUUGCAGCAGACGCUGGAGGAACUCUCCAUAGAGAAGAAGAAAACCCUGGCUAUGCUGGAGGAGAAUGAGAACCAGCUGCAGACACUGGCCAAUCAGAGUGAGCAGCCCCCUCCCAAUGGGGGUCUCCAUAGCAACCUGAGGCAGAUAGAAGAAAAGAUGCAGCAGCUUUUGGAGGAGAAGCUCCUGGCUGAGAAGCGGAUGAAGGAGAACGAAGAGCGCUCUCGGGCCCUGGAGGAGGAGCGCGAGUUCUAUUCGAGCCAGUCCCAGGCGCUGCAGAACUCGCUGCAGGAGCUGACGGCAGAGAAGCAGCAGGCAGAGCGGGAGCUCAAGGCUGAGGUGAAGGUCCGCAUGGACCUGGAGAGGCGUCUGCGGGAGGCAGAGGGGGCCUUGCGGAGUCUGGAACAAGGGCUUAACUCCAAGGUGCGGAACAAGGAGAAGGAGGAGAGGAUGCGGGCUGACGUGAGCCAUCUGAAAAGGUUCUUCGAGGAGUGCAUCCGGAACGCGGAGCUGGAGGCCAAGAUGCCGGUCAUCAUGAAGAACUCCGUCUACAUCCACAAGGCGGCCACUCGCCGCAUCAAGAGCUGCCGCUUCCACCGGCGCCGGUCCAGCACGUCCUGGAAUGACAUGAAGCCGUCCCAGUCUUUCAUGACCUCCCAGCUGGAUGCCAACAACAUGGAGGAACUAAAGGAGGUGGCCAAGAGGCUCAGCCGGGACCAGCGCUUCCGAGAAUCCAUCUAUCACAUCAUGGCAAACCAGCCAGGAGCGCCCUCAGUGGUUCCCCGGGGUGGAAAGUGA